AUGGAGGAUAAAGGCUCAACCAAACUUGUAGCUUGGUUACAACAAUCUGAUACCUUCCAGUUAUCUCAGAACAUACGAGUUAUCGACACAAAAGAAGCAGGUAGAGCCGUGUUUCUGCAAAAUGGGAAAUUAACCGAAAAUGAAGUAGUUGUAUCGGUGCCCACUACCCAUCAAUUGAACUUCUAUACGGUCCUCUAUCAUAUCUCAUUGUUCAAUAAUAAUAUUGUACUUGACAACGUGACGUGUCCUAUCGAAGAUCGCCCUCAUUUGACAAGCACCAACAAAAAUGACCCAAGAUUUCAGGCAUAUAGUGUAUGGGAUACAAAACAACUGUUAUCGUUGACAUCCUUUCAGUUGUUGGCGCUGUACUGUCUGGCUGAAUGGGUUUUGUUACCCCAAUGGUCUGGAAAUAAUGAUAUCUUCAAAUCUUCCUGGCAGCCAUUUUUCAACGUAUGGCCCACCGCUGAUGAAUUGAGCGCAGUUCCUGCCAUAUGGAAACUUACGAAAACAAAUAAUGAUCUUAUUGAACUUCUGCCAGGGGACUCGGUUAAGCACAUGAACAGAAUUUCCAAUCUGGUUGAAACCGAUUGGGAUGUUCUUUUACCGACAAUUAAUCAAUGGUACGCGAUGUUCCCGGACACGAUGAAGAUGGGAAAGACGAAUAUAUUUAAGCGUUUCUUACUGAUCUAUUUUGCAAUAAAUUCUCGGUGUCUCUAUUGCGACAUUCCAUUGCGUAAGGAGUUUGCGAAUGAGGGCGAGGAUGUCCUGCUCAGUAACUUUACCAUGGUACCUUACGUGGAUUACCUAAAUCAUACUGACGAUAUCGACCAACAUUGUUAUCCAAAAAUUGAAAAGAAUGUAAGGCGAGCACAAGGCAUUGGCCAAUUCAUGCUAAAAGUGGGGCCGCAUUCUUAUACGAAAAAAGGUGACGAGCUAAUGCUAAAUUAUGGACCUCAUUCCAAUGACUUUUUACUGAGUGAAUACGGAUUUGUCAUGAAGAAAAACCGAUGGAACCACCUUGACGUUACUGAUUAUAUUAUAGAACAGGUUAAGGACAAACCUUCUUUUCCUAAACAGAAACAAUUUUUAGAGGAUCAUCUGUACUGGGGCGAUUACACUUUGAACAAUGAAGAGAUCAGUUUCAGAACUUUGGUUGCUGUGUCCCUUUUCGUAACUGAAGAUGAAAGAGCAGUUGAACAGUUCAUUAAAGGAUUCCUAUCAGAGAAUAAAUUUUUACCGCUCAUCAAAGAUUUCAUGAGGGACAUGCUGUUUUCCUUGCUACAACACUAUCAUCAUCAAGUAAAGAUACUACUUCAAAUAGCGAAAAAAAGUAACGGGAUCAAACUACGCCAAUGGUACAUCGACAAUCUACUGACCAUUUAUAGAGGAUACAACGUGAUGAUUGAGGAACAUUUAGAAGAUAUUAAUAGUUAA